AACAAGGUUUCACCAACCGUCAAUUCUGAGAGCUCUGAAGCUAAUAUAUUGUAUUGGAAAUUAAACAAUGAUGUAUGUUGGUGCUUGGAAAACUUGGAUACAAUGAUGGAAAAGAAAGAAAAAACUUACCUUCAAAUGGUUGCUAAAAAGGUGUUUG